GAUCGAACAGAUCACAAACCAUUACAGUAUUCCAACCAACCCAUCAAGCAAACCAAAUCCAACAAUCAUGAAGGUCGCAGUCGUUGCCGUUGUCCUUGCUCUUGCCGUCGUGUCGGAGGCUGGUGUCCUGCCAUGGGGCUGGCCAUAUGCUGGUCUUCCCGCAGCUGUCCCAGUUGCAUCGUGGCCACCGGCAGCCAUCCAUGCCGCCUAUCCAGCGUACGCUCCACAUGCCGCCCUUUGGGCUGCCCCGCACGCCGCCAUCCUGGCCGCUCCCCAUGGUCCAGCUGCCUCGGUGGCCCACCAUGCCGGAGUUGUCCCUGGAGCUACCUCGGUCACCGCUACCCGUGGUGCUGUCCAUGUCGCCCCACUGCCCGGUCAUGCCGUGUCGCAGCAGCAGCUAAACCUGGCUCCGGCUCCGGGAACUAUCUAA